AUGUCAUUUCACGAACUUAAAGAAUUUACUGAAAUUCUGCGUUCUCUUGGCUUUCCUCGACUCGUCUCUAAUGAAAAUUUUCGUUUUCCAAAUUUUCCAUUAAUGGCAGAAAUUCUUGAAUGGACUGUUAAAAAGUUUGAGCCAAAUAUUCGUUUACCUAAACAAAUGGAUAGUGAACAGGAACGCGUUUUAUUUGUUAAAAGUGUUGUGCUUUCUUUGUUACAAAAGGCGCAUGUUAAAUUAAAUCCAAAAAAUGUUUAUCAAUCAGAUGGCCAUGCAGUUAGAGAAAUACUUCCAGUACUUAAAAUGCUCUACAAAAGUUUAAAAACACAUAAUUUAUUGAAAUCUGAAAAUAAUGUUAGAAUAAAUAAAGAAGAAUCUACACAAAUUAAUUUUUUAAGAAGCCAAGUUAAUUUGAAGGUGAGAAUUUUAAUAAUGGAAUGGGUGAUUUCAAAAAAUUUAUAA